CCUCUGCUGGAAGACUUUUCGGCUGGCCGAGGGCGGUGUGGAGCGCCGCGGCAAUGCUGGGACGACGGACGAAGACGACGAGGAGGAACGCGCACUGACCGGAUUGGAAGUUGAUUCCAGCCCAGAGCGACGCCUCGGCUCGGCUUUUUUUUUUGGAAACUCUCCGGCGCAAGAGUGUGACUGCGGAGAGAGAAAAUGCCUGUGAAAAGCAAAUACAACCUGGUCGAUGAUGGGCACGAUUUGAGGAUCCCGCUCCACAACGAGGAAGCCUUCCAACAUGGAAUCAGCUUCGAGGCAAAGUACAUCGGCAGCCUCGACGUGACGCGACCGAGCAGUCGAGUGGAGAUCGUGGCUGCGAUGAGAAGAAUCAGGUAUGAGUUCAAGGUGAAAAACAUCAGAAAGAAAAAGGUCAGCAUCGUGGUGUCGGUGGAGGGCGUCAAGGUGGCCUUGCGAAAAAAGAAGAAAAAGAAGGAAUGGAUGUGGGAUGAGAAUAAGAUGAUGGUGAUGCAGGACCCCAUCUACAGGAUAUUCUACGUGUCCCAUGACUCGCAGGAUUUGAAGAUCUUCAGUUACAUCGCGCGAGACGGCCACAGCAAUGUCUUCCGCUGUAAUGUUUUCAAGUCCAAGAAGAAGAGUCAGGCCAUGCGCAUUGUCCGGACUGUUGGUCAGGCAUUUGAGGUCUGUCACAAACUGAGUCUGAAGAACGCACAGCACAACAAGGAUGGACAGGUGGACUGCCACAGUGAAAAGAAUGGAAACGGCUCCUCCAUUUCAGUCGACUCCGGUGGAGCGGACAAGACGGCGACCGUUCUGGAGGAGACCGACAUCGAUGCCGAUGAGACGAACCAGCUCCCGGUGGCCGAGGAGCUCAACGUGAACCGGGGGGUGACCGAUCUGGAUGCCACCACGGCCAAGACGUCAGACCUCAGCCGCUCACGCAAUACGAUUUCCGAAGAAGCCUCCUUGCUGACGUCCAGCCCCAGGCUGCUGCUCCCCGCAUCAAGCGCGCUCUCACCCGGCGCCCCCUUGUCCGUUCACCAUCAGAUCCAACUCCUCCAACAGCAACUUCAGCAGCAACAGCAGCAAACGCAAGUGGCCGUGGCACAGGCGCACCUCUUGAAAGACCAGCUGAGCGCCGAGGCCACGGCCCGACUGGAGGCGCAGGCUCGAGUUCACCAGCUGCUGCUGCAAAACAAAGACCUGCUGCAGCACAUUUCGCUGCUGGUCAAGCAGAUCCAGGAACUGGAAACCAAAAUCACCGCACCCAACUCCACGGGAUCCCAGGACAGUUUGUUGGAGAUCACCUUCCGCUCCUCGGUGGCCCCGGUAAUCUGUGACCCGACGACGCCCAAACCGGAGGUGUCUGCCUUGAACCUCCCCCUGCUUUGCACCACCGACGUGGCCGUGAACGCAUUCGCAUCUUCCAACGGGAACGUGGGAAGCCCGCUAGUUGACCAAAGCAUGUUUGAGAAUUCUGUUGCCCAGCAACAGAGUCCCCAGACCAGCAGGCAAGGCCAGCCCUCGGCCAAAAGAACCCCAGCGUCCCCAAACGCCAAUCUGGGCGCUGGCUCGUCGGACUCUCCUUCCUCGGGAGGCCAACAGAGGCUGAAAAAUGCCAUCAAUCUGGGCAAAGCCGUGGGGGCAAAGAUGAAUGACCUGUUGAGGAGGAAGGAAUCCAGCCACGUGGGGGACAUCGGCGUCACCGAGGUCAACAAAAACGCUGCGGCCGCGUGGACUUGCAUGGACCAACUCGGCCAGAAUUCGGCAAACAGUCACUUUCCCUUCGACGCCAUCCCUCGGCUUGACCCGCCGCCGCCGUCGGGAAAGAAGCGUCUCCCUCGGGCGUUGAUGACCACCCGGGAAAUGAUGAUCUCCUCCGACCCGGUGGUCUCCUCUCCGGAUGCUGCGGACUUGUCCUCGCCGAUCUCCUCCCCCAUAACGACGCCCCUCAUCACCGAGGAGGAUGCGCAGAACGGCGAGCUGGACGACGGGUCGGCAGAUUUCAGCUCCGCUGUGGAGCGAGCCGACGGGACCUCGGCAGUCGGGGAGACGGAGAUCGCGGGAAGCGAUGGAAAGGCGGACGCGGAGACGCGCGCAGAAGAGUCGAGUGGAGGACACGCCGAGGAACAGCAGCUUCAUCCCUCCGUGCCAGACCUCCUCAACAAGGAUCCUCCGUUACUCGAGGCCCGAGCGAAAACCUGCGACGUGCGGCAGGGGCCGUUGGAUGUGGACUCCGGCGUGACCUCCACGCCGCGCUCGGGCAAAACUCGCCGCCGCCUCAGCCUGAGCGAGGAGGCCUCCGUUGCCGAAAGCGGGAAAGAUGACUCGCCGAGUCUGGAGGACGCAGAGCCGCAUCCGGAUCUGCUGUCCUUUGACUGAGUCCGAGACGCCGUCGCAGUUUGAUUCCGCUUGCUCUUCAUUUUCGUCGGGUGGCGCAAACCCGUGACGCUCCCCGCCGAUCGAAAGCAUUGGAGAAAACAGACCGGCCGGCUCCAGAAUUUCUUGGAAAAGGGAACAAAACCGGGAAGAGAGCUAAUGUGUUUUUCGGUCACAUUUCAAAAGCUUUGACAGUCAAAAAGUCCAGCUUCUCAGGGCGGUUUGGUGUCUGGAAAACUGCACGUAGUCCGUCUCAAGAGAAAUGUGGCACAUUUAAAACGAGACGUCAAAAGAGAAGAAGAAGGUGUUUGACGGUUGAAAAGGAGAAAUGACCACUUGUACUUUUUACUGACAUAUCUGCCUUGAUAAUGAAGGAAGCGCAAAUGCAACAGUGAAGGGUGCAAAAAAAAAAAAAAAAAACGGGAUGAGGAAAUGGGAUGAAAUAAAUGCUCACGUAAGGAGAAGGGGGCAGACCGGUGGACCGGAGAUUUUAAAAUUCCCUUUUGAGCUGUUAGCCAUUGGUUCCAAAUGUUGACAUCCAUUGAAAUUCACAUCCAACUAACAUACCAAAAAAUAAAUAAAUAUUGGUUGUGUUUGUCGAGAUUCGAAAAUGUUGCAGCAAAAUAGAGUGAAGAUGUUCCAUGGAGGAGCAUCCCCGGCUGAGUGAACGUUUCCCUUUGCAAAAACGUGCACACGGCUGAAUGGAGGCAUUGAUUGAUUGACGGAUAAAUGAAUGUAUCGAAAGUGAGCUGGUUAAAAAGAUCCAUUCUGUGGUUCUUCCCAUCAUCAAUGGUUUAUUUGUGUGUUUGAAUAUCAAGAAAAAUUCGACAGUACAUAAAAGAAUGUAAUAGUACCACUUUUUCUGACAAGCUCCCUUCCGACUCGGCCCACCUUCACCUUUUUUUUAGCUGACCUUUUGGCCUGUGUUAAAUAUCAUUUUUCUUUUUUUUUUUUGGUCAUGACGCGGGCCGCUGAAAAAUGGAGGGUGGGCCGCGAUGGGCCCCCAGGCCAUCGUUUGGACACCCCAGAUGUGGCCCGUGCCUUUGGGGGGGGGGGCACAAAUUGCAGUUGUGAGCAGAUUCCACCCCCACCCUCCCCUAAAAAUGACCAAGCGAGGUCGACAAGCGGCCUCUCAAAGUGAACGAUGGGACCCCGCAGGGGACUUGUUGACCUCCGAAGCCAACAGAAGUUCCCAGAAAACACAGAGACGACCGUUGUUAGGGCCGAGGCCGCGUCACGAAAAGGAAUGCGGAGCCGGGCUCCUUUUUGAGAAAAAGCCACUUGAGUUUCACUCGCUACUCGCAGUCUAUUUCCGAGCUGGUGUCUUUGUCUCUUUGUCACGCGAGCCGGCCGCGCAUCCUGAACCGUCUUUGUUGGCCGGGAUUACGAGCUCCUCGUUUUAUGGUCGCGCCGGCAAACCUUUUCCAGUAGCUGCUUGGAACUGGCUUCUCAAAUGUCAUGCGGUAAGAUUUGGAGCUCCUGCAAACUGGGAAAGAGUUGAGUCCAAGUCCUUCCUUGACUCUGGUAAUGUUGUCCUUCAAAUUGACAUUUUUUUUUUUUUUUUUAUGAGACAAUUACAUCAAAUGAAAACUAAUUCAACACUUCACUCGAAUGCUGCUCCUUGUGGAGUUUUUAGGAAUCUCAGCGGAUCUCUAGGCAGGACCAGCCCAGCGGCAAUCUGAUUGGCUGCAGCUCGCAAUAUUUUCGUGCACCGCUAAUAUUAGUUCAAUGGACUUUUCACUUGUAUGGCGCUUUUUUUCUACCUUUGGUACCCAAAGCGCUUCCCACCGUUUACCGACGGCUGACGCGUGUUCGCUAUCUUGCUAGAGGACAUUUGGAAACGGUCACAUUGGCGGCGGAUCCGACCCCUCAGCCCCUCUUGGUUGGAAGACGACCGACCACUCUCCCACUGAGCCGCGCCGCAGCGAUGCUGCACCGAUUGUGUCCCGACUGUCAAAAAUAUUUCAAUCACAAGAAGUGGCCACGUUGCCCUUUUUAAUCUUUAUUGCAACCACUGAGCGAAGUCUUUUUUUUUUUUUUUGUACUCAAAAUGAUGCAAAUUGGUUGUGCCUUUUAUACCAACGCAAGUGUUUUCGAGAAAACGUGUGAGCAUGUGAAGUAUCUCAAAGUCUUAUCGUCUGGUGAUGAAAAACAGCUUCUUUUUUUUUUUUUUGUAGUUGUAGUUUCCUUGUUGAGUCCUUUUUGGGCUUGUUUGUUUUGUGAGCUGAACAUGAAAUCAUGAAUGAAGGAAGUUAAUAAACGUCUUGAGAUGAUGAAAUGAAGGAACAAAGGAGCCGCUCAAAACAAAAGGAGGUCAAGGUCCCUUUGAAAUGUUCAUGCGAGACUUCAAAUUGCUUUUUGUCUGCAGCAAAGAUAUGCUUGGAAAUCUAAAAACGUUGAUGAUUCUUCGGGACAUUUAAGGUUUAUUUUCCAAAAUGUAUCACUCACCUGCUGAUUGUAAUUGACAUCAUGUGGAAAUAGAUUGGAGUUGGAAUUUUG